ACGCAAACGCACCUUCUUUUGUUUUUCUUUGCUUUACGUGUUCAGAAUUCGGGAUUUUCGGGACUGUAAAGACUAACUGAGUAUUCGGGGACGGAAAGGAACGGUUAGGAAUACAGCAACAGGUAGUUUGUGGUGUUCUAAUGCAGUAGACUGGCUGGCUGAGUAUCUGGAGCGCUGAUUGAGGGAGUGAGCGAUGCCUCUGGGACUGCGCAAAAAGAAGAAGUCGAAGGAGAGUUCGAGCCUGGUGGAGAAUGAGGUGGUGGCAGGUGGAGGAGGAGGCCAGGCGGGUAAAGGAGCGCCACUGAGCGGGGGAGGAGGUUCAGGACUCGCGCCUCCACCGGCCAGCAUGCGACCCCGACUCGUCUUCCACACGCAGCUCGCUCACGGCAGUCCGACCGGCCGGAUCGAAGGUUUCUCCAACGUUAAAGAGCUGUACGCUAAAAUCUCCGAGGCCUUCAAUCUCACCACCACAGAGAUCCUGUUUUGUACCUUGAACACGCAUAAAAUCGACAUGGACAAGUUGCUGGGGGGACAGAUAGGACUGGAAGACUUCAUCUUCGCUCAUGUUAAAGGCAUCAAAAAGGAGGUGGAGGUGUUCAAGGCCGAGGACGCACUGGGACUCACCAUCACAGACAACGGUGCAGGAUACGCCUUUAUAAAGCGUAUAAAGGAGGGCAGCGUGGCGGAUGGGGUGAAGGUGAUCUGUGUAGGUGACCACAUCGAGUGUAUCAACGGGAAGUACAUUGUUGGGACGAGACACUUUGAGGUGGCCCGAAUGCUGAAGGAUCUGCCAAAAAAUCAGUCCUUCACACUAAAACUGGUCGAGCCAAUGAAAGCAUUCGAGAUGCUGGAGCCGAGGUCGAAAGGAGCCAGACCUCAAGGAGAGAAUAAGGUCGGUACAGGCAGAGAGACACUGAGACUGCGAUCCAAAGGUCCAGCCACCGUUGAGGAAAUGCCCUCAGAGUUUGAAGAGAAGGCGGUGAAGAAAGUCGACGACCUUCUAGAGAGUUACAUGGGCAUCCGGGACACAGAAUUAGCGGCUACAAUGGUGGAGGUCGGUCGGGACAAGACUAACCCAGACGAGUUUGCCAUGGCACUGGACGAGGCCCUCGGAGACUUCGCCUUCCCCGACGAAUUUGUGUUCGACGUCUGGGGGGCCAUCGGAGAUGCCAAGCAGGGACGCGUUUAAUACACUCCCACACAUUCCUAUACACACACACACACACACACACACACACUCAGUGAACCAAAUCAGGUAGCUCAAGAAAUUUUGGGAUACUGUUUAAAAAAAAAAACCAGCACAUUGUAGGUAGAAAGGAGUGCUGGAUCUGAUCACUGUGAUCCCCCACCACACUACGCCUCACUCAAAGUGUACUUAUACACCUGUAAAGCACUACUCACAACUUUUUAAUUGUUAAUAUUAACAUUUAGUCCACUGUCCAACGCCUGCUGCACGCACACUACAUGACCUUCGAAAACUUGACCACUCACACUAAAAGACUCUAAUAGGACACUUAACACCACACCAUUGAUUACCAGUCGAGUCUGGUGCUGUGAGGCUCCCAUUCAUCCUGCUUCGUCAUGGCGUGGCCCACUUUCUGAGCAUUGUCCUUUAAAAUAGUAACAUUCUGAUCGGUGGAUUACCUGAUUAGCAUACUGUUUCACAGAUAGUAUUGUUUUUAGACACAGCAGCUAUUUAAAACUAUGAGCUUUUCCAUACUGUUGCCACAAAGUGAGGUCUAAGACUUGACAUGUUUGAUGUGCAGGAACUUGAUGCUGUUUUGACUGUACAGUCAUAUGUUUCCUCAGCAACACUCCAAAAUCUUGUGAAAAGCCUUCCCAGAAAAAUGGGGGCUGUUACAGCUGCAAAAAUGACUUUGAAACGGGAUGUCCAAUAUGCUCACAGUCAGGUGUCCACAUACUUUUGGUUAAAAAGUACAUAAUACUGAGCUCACACUAUGACCGAAGAGCAAUCAGUUCAACAUGAGGGACCUGAUGGGGAUUAAUGAGUGGAAAGUUUGGCCCAAGAAUGUGGUGUGCACUAGGCAAAACUAGCCAACAUGUUUAACCAAGCACCAUUUAUGUAAAACAGAAAUGAGAUGGUACCACAAAGUAACAUUUUAAAAUAUUAGAUUUUUUUUUAUUUGCCAAUGUUGUACGUCAGAUGUGCCUAAUUUAAAUAUGGCUAAUUUACUAAUGUUUGUAUAAAAGGUUUUUUCUUUUAUCAAACAAAUUUUUUUUUUCAAUAUUAUUUAGUCAUGUGACCAGUCAUAGUCCAAAAUCCAUAGUCCACAGACAAUGACUCGAUUACUCGAAGGUUUUUGCAGAACUGAUGAAAUUAUUGUGCUUUGUAGGCAUGUGCUGAUAAUUAAUCUUUAUUAGGAACAUCAUAAUAAUUACUACUGCGCUGUAGUAUCCGACUGGUACAUGAACAAUGAGGUGUUCCUAAUAAAGUGACCAGUGAGUGCAUUUAAAAUCUCAUUCUAAUCAUCUGCAUUUUUAUUGUGGUCCGUUUCAGACAAGGCUGCCUAGGUGGGCAGUUGGCAGUAUGUUUACACAUAAUAUUGCUAAAAGUAAUACCUGCACAUGCCUAGUGAAUACAUCAUCAAAAAAAACAUUUUAUAUGAAUAACCAACAGGAAAAAAAUAUUCACAUUAUUGGCUGACCUUGAUUAUAUUUUCUUUUAUUAUCCGAUGAAGGAUUACACGCAUUUUAAAUUCAUAGAAAUAGUUAAUCAUAUGGACUGCCUUAAAUUCAUGUUGUGAUUGUUUUAUUUUAUAUAUAUGGCUUGAAAAGAUGUGAUGGUAAACUGUAGACAAGGGUGAUAUAGGAUUCAUUUAUAUAGAGAUUUUUUGUACUAAAUACAUAAAUCUUCAGAAAUUUUUGUUUUAUAGUCGGCUAGAUAUUUGCGAUCUUUUAAUUUAUUCAAUAAAAUUUACAUUUGAAA